AUGACUGAUCGCGCCUCCGUCUUCCUAGACCCCACGUCCGCCGUGGCAGCCAUUACAAAACACAAAGCCGAAGCAAUAAGACUAGCGCGCGAGCAAGGAAGAGCGGUAAAAGAAAUGUGUCGACGAGCGAAAACAGAAAACCCACCCUACGAAUUCGAAGAGUUGAUCGGUAAAGGAGCAUACGGACGAGUGUACAAGGGUCGCCAACUCCCCUCUCGGAAAGUUGUCGCUGUGAAGGUGAUGGAUAUUGAUUCGAUGGAUUACAAGACGGUCCGAGAUUUUAGGGACGAGUCGAUCAAGGACUUUAUUCAUGAGACUAAGGUUAUGAAACAGGUGAAGGAUUCGGGGGCGAGGAAUAUCAAUGAGUUGAUUGAGGCGGUUUCGAUUCAUUCGCAGUUGUGGUUGGUUUGUGAGUAUUGUCCGGGUGGGAGUGUUAGGACUUUGAUGAGAGCUACUGGCGAUAGACUUGAUGAGAAGUUUAUCAUUCCCGUGGCGCGUGAACUGGCUAUUGGACUUCGCGCUAUUCACGACGCAGGAAUCAUUCAUCGAGACAUCAAAGCUGCCAACAUUCUCAUUCACGAGGAGGGUCGUCUGCAAAUUUGCGACUUUGGCGUUGCUGGAGUUCUACAGUCGCAAGUGGACAAGCGAUCUACAUGGAUAGGCACACCUCACUGGAUGCCUCCGGAGAUGUUCUCAGCCAAGGGCGAAGCUCAUAGAUAUGGUAGUGAGAUCGAUGUAUGGGCCUAUGGUUGCACGCUCUUCGAAUUUGCAACAGGAAAUCCACCAAACUCGAACCUACGUGAACGCAUGCAGAUUGGACGCCAACUCAACCGAGCGAAGCCAAGACUUGACAAAGAAGGAUACAGUGAAGAACUCAAGGACCUUGUCAACUACGCUCUGGACUCUGAUCCGAGAACUCGGCCUACAAUGGCGGAUACUUUGACGCACUCGUUCAUCGCGGGUACCGAGGAAUCUCAUCCUACGUCGUCUCUGGGCGAGCUAGUGCGGAUUUACUACCAGUGGUCACAGCGCGGUGGCCAGAGAAUCUCACUGUUUCAUCCGGGCGGUGCAGCAGCUGCAGAGAUACCGGAUGUGAAUGAUACUUUUGCAGAAGAUUGGAAUUUCAGUACGACUGAUGGUUUCGAGAGACGGUUUUCUGUCAUUGAUCUCGAUGAACUGGCUGCAUCACUCGCAGAGAUCGAAGAUAAAAUCAGCCCAACCACGGUGCAGCCAAAGAAAGACAGUCUCGAUGAAUCGUGCGAUACAGAAUUGGUUGGAGACGACAAGGCCAAUUUUGACGAACGUGUCCGUCGAGGUGCCACAGCUAUGGAAGGUCUUUUCGACAAUGAGAAACCCACUUACAAGUACGAGACGAAGAACGACUUUGUUCCUGUUGAGCAGAGACGACCACCUUCGGAUCUUCCACUGCGUACAGACACUGACCGGUCAUCCGUGACAUCGACAUUUAUUGACAUCGAUAUCGGAUCCUUCGAUUCUUCGCAUUACGCCGCAGCCGCAGCAACCGCACAACCAAUCCAACUCGCUGACGCAGACACAAUUAAAGCCUACCGCCAGCAGCGCACAUCAAGCGGCACCAGCUCCCGGUCGUCAAGCAGCAAACGGGAUUCCGAAGACAUGACAUUCCAGGCCCAAACCGGCCCUCGCCCACCAACAAUGGACUGGAAGUUCCCCGUCUUCAUGCAACCCCCAGAAGAGGAACAAGAAUCGAAACCAGAAGGAGAAGGAGAGACAACCCCCGAGGCGAAACCAGCUGAUCCACCAAACCCAUCCGACAAACGAGCAACAAUGGAAUGGACAUUCCCGGCAAUGGGCUCACAACCAGCAGACGACAAUCCCAGUCUGGACCCCAGCCGCUUCGAAACCCUCAAAGCACCACUCGUCGAUAUGGGCACCACACCAUCGGAGACGAUAAGACCAAUCAGCAUCGGGGAACCAGGAGACUCGCGCCCGUCGACAUCCGGCUCGCAAGGAUCAGUUUUCAGCUUCGCUCCAAGCUCCGAAGCAGACUACGACCCCUUCCGUCUCGACAGACCAACCUCACCAGCCUCCCAAUACCCUCACCAGCAAUACCACCACGCACCAUCUAGCUUCGCCACCGACUUCCCCGAAAUCAUUGACGCAGACGAAGACACCUACGACCGCCCCUCGUCUGUCAUCGAAGAAGGUCCAGGCCCCGACGACCACAACCGUCCAUCUUCAGUCAUCGAAGAAGGUCCCGGCCCAGAUGACCGCCCAUCCUCCAUAAUCGAAGAAGGACCUGGCUCAGACGACCACGACGAGCACGAGCACGGACCCAACCGCGCCUCCUCAAUCCUCGACCUCGACGGCCCAGGCCCCGACGAAGAAGACGAAACCGAAGCAUCCACAAUAACAACAACCUGGGGCUCCAGCACCAUCGGCCCACCAUCUUCCCGUACUUCCAUCCACACGCAGCGCAUCUCAAAACCCUCCUCAGACCCCUUCUCUGAACCCUUUCCGACAGCGAUCUCUUCGCGUGAGUUUCCCAGUGAAGUUCCCGAUUCACCGCUUCCCGAUGCGUUGCCUACGGCUACAGUGCGCCAUAGUGCUGCUGUGAGUGUGGAGGAGGUGCAGUUUCCGGAUCUGAUUCCGCCGAGUGUGGAGAGUUUGGCACAGGGUGCUGAGGAGGGGGUGCUUAUGGGGGAAUUGGAUCGGUUGUUGGGGGAUUUUCUGGACGCGUUGUCUGCGACGGGGGAGGCAUUGGGGAAGUCUAGGCCUGGUUCUGGGUCUGGCGCUGGUCCUGGGCAUGGGCCAGAGACGGUGGAGGUUAGUGUUGAUGGUGGUGGAGUAUCUGAGGGGGAGUGA